CGCCACGCGGUUAGUACUGCCUUGGAUAGUAUAGUGGUGCGCGAGCUACUCAGCCGCGGAUUCCGUCCGCCACACACAGCCUUUAUCGCGCGCCAAACCCGAGACAACACGGACUGACUGAACGAGGAGAGAAAAGAGAGGAGAGAGAAUAGAGGAAGAGGGAAAACAGUGUUUUCCUCGACGAGUCUUCUUCGCGAAGCUCCCCUUUCUGCCGGCGGCGCCCCCCCCCCUGCUGUCGAGGCUGUGGUAUGAGCCUAUGUGGCAGGAAGGCGCUGACGUUGCUGAGCAGCGUGUUCGCUGUUUGCGGCCUGGGCCUGUUGGGGAUCGCUGUGAGCACCGACUACUGGCUCUACCUGGAGGAGGGCGUCAUCCUUCCCCUCAACCAGAGCACCGAGAUACGCAUGUCCCUCCACUCUGGCCUCUGGAGGGUUUGCUUCCUGGCUGGGGAGGAGAAAGGGCGGUGUUUUACCAUAGAGUACGUGAUGCCCACUAAUGUCCAGAUGACCUCUGAGUCCACUGUUAGCGUCCUCAAGAUGAUCCGUUCUGCCACACCUUUCCCCCUGGUCAGCCUUUUCUUCAUGUUCAUCGGUUUUGUACUCAGUAACAUCGGCCACAUCCGACCACAUCGCACCAUCCUGGCCUUUGUUUCUGGAAUCUUCUUCAUCCUGUCAGGCCUGUCUCUGGUUGUUGGUCUCGUCUUGUACAUCUCCAACAUCAAUGAUGAAAUGUUGAACAGGACCAAAACUAAUGAGGCCUAUUUCAGUUACAAGUACGGCUGGUCAUUCGCCUUUGCUGCCAUCUCCUUCCUGCUCACCGAGACGGCAGGUGUCAUGUCGGUGUAUCUGUUCAUGAAGCGAUACACAGCAGAGGAAAUGUAUCGGCCCCAUCAGGGCUUCUACCGGCCUCGCCUCAGCAACUGCUCCGAUUACUCCGGCCAGUUCCUCCACCCAGACGCCUGGGCCGGGCGGGGCCGCAGCCCCUCCUCCAUCUCCUCUGAGGCGUCCCUCCAGAUGAACUCCUCCAACUACCCUGCCCUCCUCAAGUGUCCAGAGUAUGAACAAAUGUCCUCCUCACCUUGCUGAGGCAGAGGAUGAGUGGUUGUGUUAGCACCAUAGGCAUCACUUUGAUCUGCCUGGAUUUUGGCAUAAAAUUGUCCAAUAAUUUGAUAUUAUCCAGCUUGAAUCACUACAAGUCCCUUGUUCAAAUGUUCUGACUAUGACCUGAUUCUCUCUACCCUCCCUACUGCUGAUUUUUUUUAGUUACACCUUUUGGUUCUGUGGGGAGUAAAACUUAAGUUAAAGGUUAGCCAGUUCACUUUAUUCUCAGCUAACCUGUCUCAUUCCAGGGAGAGCUGUUAGAAGAUGAAAGAGGAAAGAGUUUGACAAGAUUGUACUUUUAUCUGCUUUUCCUCUCUAGCUUUUUAGUGAUGGGUGACUGGCAACCCGCUGAACUGAUCGAGGUAGGGUGAGGUCAUCUAAGAGGAGUAACUUGUGUAGCUUCAGCCUGCAGUGAGCAAGUCCACCCUCUGCCUGUAGUACUGCCACAAUCCUGAUAGCUAUCUGACAGGAUUACACACUGCACAUCUGCAGACAUGGAGAGUUUAGAAUAGGAAUUAGAACUGAAUAGGCAACUAUGUGCAAUGGAGUCUGCACAUUUUUAAAACCAAACACUAUAGUAGGUUCUUUUAGCCAGAAAGCAAAAGAUAAUCAGUGAAACCACCUUGGUGUAGAGGACACUUUAUAAAUCCUAGAAGUCGUUCUGGACAGAAUGUUUCUUCAGUUUGAUCAUAAGAUCAUUGCUCAAACUGUGCAGACCUCUGAUUUAUAAAGGUUAAAAUUAAAUUGUUAAAGCUCCUUUUGUCUACAAAUUGCAUAUGUGCAGCAUAUGAGCUGUUUGAGCUCACAUCCUCAGUUAUCACUAUUCAAAUGCAGCACGCUGCACUUUGUUCAGAACAUGAUUUGCUGUUGUAACAUACAGUAGGCAUUCUCAUGCACAUCACAGUUUCAGAUGUGUUCAUGUGUAAUCAGGAGCUAAAGCUCUGCUUGAAUUUUCAAUGUUCAAGUGUAGAGCUUGUGAUACACAUGAUGAAUGUGAAUUUACCACUCAAAUAGAUCAUUUUAAUUGACAUGAAAUUUUAUAAACAAAUAAGUGUUUGACUGGGGUUGACUUGGGGUUGCUGGGAGAGUUGGGUUUAUAACAGAUGGUAUUUAACCUUUCACGUGAACCUCACUUUUUUUCUCAACUGUCAGCAGUUUAAGUAUUGACGCCAAAAGAAAGGUUUGUAUUAUAGGCUGCUAGUCCAGAUAUGUGACAUACAUUCUAUUAAAUCUGAAUAUGCUAAUGGUUAUAUAAACUUUUGAGUGUAUUAUUGUAUAAUCUUGUAAAGGAAACAGACAAAACAAAAAUAAUGCUUUAUCUGCUCCCAUAACCUGUCAUUAAUAACAACAGAGGACUGUUUUACAUCAGUGUUUCAAACAGUACAGAUGUAAACAAAGCUUAUAUGUUUACGGAGAAUCUAUGAUUCCUGUGUGCAGUGGUCCUCUUAGUUGGUUAUGUAAUUAAAUACAAACCAAACCAAUUUUUUUUAAAAAGAAAACAAGCAGUAUAGGGACAGCAUUGCUUGUGCUUAUUGGAAUCAUAAGUUUAAAUAAGAAGAAAAGGCCAAAGGGAAGAAGAUGGAGUUUUUAAGGGUUGUAAUUUUGAUGGGGAAUGUGAAUGAGUCAGGUUAUAUGAAAGAUUAUUUUGAUACGGAGCCAUUGUGAAUGUAAGAUGUACUAAGGAAAACACAAAUGAGAAUAAAAUACCUCUCCUACAGAGAUAUAUUUACCCAAAUUAUAGAUGGAUAUUUUUGUAAUUUCCCCUUCCCCUUAUAAUGAUAAUAUAAUAUUCGUAAAUGUUUGACCCACAAAUAUACUGCAAUCCCUAGUGUGCCAAGGAAAAAGUUGUAUCUGGGUUAAGUGGCAAAGUAUUGAAUAUAUACAUUUCAUGCAGCGUUAAGUGUGAGUAAACAUAUGACAGCAAAACAUUUUGUCUUGUGCAAUAAUUUUAUGUUAGUUUGAUAUAUUACUAAAAUUAUAAUUACUGUCAGUAUUUAAUGUUGCAUGGUGUGAAUUCCACAUAUUAUUAAUGGCAUGCAACAUUUCAUCACUGGGUCAUGGUAUUCCACCUGCAGAACGUGUAAACAAAACAUAGACUCAUUAGAAAACUAAUAAACACAAACUGUGCCAAGCUUAACUCACUCUCUUAAGCACUGUUCUGAUAUAUAGACCAGUUACAUUUUGUUUAUUUUAAACAUUGUAAAUAUGAACUCAUCAUCAGUGUGUAUAUAGACUCAUUUUUGUAUAGAUGGCAGUAUAUGUAAAAAAUGGUCGUUCUGUAGGGUAGAUUGAUCUGCAGUAUAUGUGACAGCUGCUUCGCCUCCUGCAUCACAUUGAGAAUGUGAGCUUUUGCAUAAUGUUAUACUUAAAUAAAUGUAAAGUAUUCAGAUGGUGUCAUUGUCAGACAUGAAAUGUCAAUAUCUGUGUAUUUUUACAGAGUCAUUUUCAUGAUGUUAAAUGUGCAAUGGAAUAUGUAUACUCAAAGAAAUAAAGUUUGAUGGGAUUUGAUAAACAA